CAAAUGAGGCGCGGGUUUAAAAGGCGCGGGAGCGCGCGCCGGCUCCUUUCCACCUGGAGCCGAACCGGAGCUGCAGCUGGAAGCAGACCCGGACCCGGAGUGAGCCCCAGCCAGACCCGGAGCCAUCACCAUGUCGGACAAAUUGCCCUACAAAGUGGCUGACAUCACUUUGGCUGAAUGGGGUCGCAAGGCAAUUGAGAUUGCGGAGAAUGAGAUGCCUGGUUUGUUGAUGAUGAGGAAGGAGCAUGGAGAUUCCAAACCACUGAAAGGGGCCCGGAUCGCAGGCUGCCUCCAUAUGACUCUUCAAACCGCUGUUCUGAUUGAAACCCUGACAGCACUUGGGGCAGAGGUCCAAUGGUCCAGCUGCAAUAUUUUUUCUACUCAGGAUCAUGCAGCUGCAGCAAUUGCCAAAUCUGGAGUUCCUGUGUACGCUUGGAAGGGGGAGACAGAUGAAGAAUACAUUUGGUGCAUUGAACAGACACUGUACUUCCGUGAUGGAAAACCCCUCAAUAUGAUUUUGGAUGAUGGUGGAGACCUUACAAACCUGGUUCACAAUAAGCAUCCUAAACUCUUACAAGAUAUCAAGGGAAUCUCUGAAGAGACUACAACUGGAGUCCACAAUCUCUAUAAGAUGCACAAGAACAAAGAACUUAAAGUUCCUGCCUUUAAUGUGAAUGACUCUGUCACUAAGAGCAAGUUUGAUAACCUUUAUGGAUGCCGAGAAUCGCUUAUUGACGGUAUCAAGCGCGCCACAGAUGUUAUGAUUGCUGGAAAAGUGGCAGUAGUGGCAGGAUAUGGUGAUGUUGGCAAAGGCUGUGCCCAGGCUCUUCGAGGUUUCGGAGCCAGAGUUAUUAUAACAGAAAUCGACCCCAUCAAUGCUCUUCAGGCUGCUAUGGAAGGUUAUGAGGUCACAACCAUGGAUGAGGCAUGUAAAGAGGGAAAUAUCUUUGUGACAACAACUGGCUGCAAAGAUAUCAUUGUGGGAAGACACUUUCAGGAAAUGAAAGAUGAUGCAAUAGUUUGUAACAUUGGCCAUUUUGAUAUUGAGCUGGAUGUAAAAUGGCUGAAUAAAAACGCAGCCAAGAUGGUGAACAUUAAACCCCAGGUGGAUCGCUAUCAGCUAAAGAAUGGUCACCACAUCAUUGUUCUUGCUGAGGGUCGUUUGGUGAAUCUUGGCUGUGCAAUGGGCCAUCCCAGCUUUGUAAUGAGCAAUUCUUUUACCAACCAAGUGCUGGCACAGAUUGAGCUGUGGACCAAUCCUGGCAAGUACGCAGUGGGUGUACACUUCUUGCCAAAGAAGCUCGACGAGGCAGUGGCUGCUGCUCACCUGGAGAAACUGGGAGUGAAAUUAACCAAACUGACACCAGAUCAAGCGUCUUACCUUGGGGUUCCUGAAUGUGGGCCCUUUAAAUCGGAUCAUUACAGAUACUGAACACUUGCUUAUUUCCAUGAAAACCAAAGCGUAACAACAUUCCUCAGAGGGGUUUAACUUGUUGGCAUCUGUGAUGGAUCUUCAUUGUGCAUCAAAUGGUUACAAAAUCCCAGGAAAAUUAUUGCUCUGUUCUUAAGCAGUUGUGAUCAUUUAAUCACCAAAGCUUCUUAAUUUUGUACCUGCAUUGAUGUUGAAAUAAAAUCCUGCUGAAACAUU